AUGGAUGAAGUCAUCAUUGGAUUAGACUUUUUAUUUGAUCAAGGUAUGGAGAUCGACAUGAAGAACAGGAUUAUGAAGUACAACAACAUGGAAGUGCCCCUUGGCUUUGGGUAUGAUGGUCCGUACAGCAGCAAGCGAGUGGUCCUAGAGGAAAGCGAGCAGAUUCCACCGAAGUCAGAAGCAGUUGUGUGGGCGAAGAUUAAUGGAGAUUGUGGGACAAACAAAUUAUGGGUUGUCGAAGCAACACAAAAUUCUACACCGGACGUACUUAUUGGUAAAACCCUGGCUAAGACGCAAAAAGAUGGACGCACCGCAGCUCGAGUGCUAAAUGAGUUCAAAUCACCAGUCAAACUCCGAAGAGGAACUGUACUGGGGCAAUGUCGAGAGGUAGAGGCAAUCUUCAACUGCGAAAAAUUACCUGAAAGCGAUUCCAUUGGCGGGAAUGACAUUGCGGAAGACAUCAAUGCAUGGACGGAAGGGUUGGAAGAAAAAUACCAGCACAAGGCUAAGGAACUUCUCCGCAGAUACUCCAACAUAUUCGACAAGGAUGGCGACAAACCAGGCUGGACUAACGUUGUGAAACAUCGCAUUGAUACUGGCGAUGCAAGGCCAAUCCGUCAAGCUCCUCGGAGUGUUCCACUUGCCAAACGUGAAACUACCAAGAAACAAGAUGAAGGUGGUCCACUUGGAAAGGCGUGCAGCGUUUGGAACCGCAAGUGUGCCUGA